GAUUUGUCCUUUGAAAAGACACAAGCGAAGGUUAUUGUUCGGCGUCGGAGUUUUUACUUUAUCUUUAGACUUCACCACGCCUCUAGUGUUCAUUCCCGCACAGAUAGCGCAACUGUCGCGUGAAACCGUUACAUGUGUAUCCUUCAAUGGAGAGAGCGGAGCCUUUGUAUUAGCACAUGUGUUGCUACAAUACCUUUUACUAUGUUUCAGUGGUGUGUCAGUGAAAUGUGGCGUGUAAAGAGGCGGCUUUUGGUCGCGUGUCGACAUUAUGUAAUCACAUGGCACCGCAGGGGACAGUGUAGAGGGAGAAGGAGACUGAGGUCAUGUCACGUUCACAUGUAUGUAACGGAAGUUCCCCAAAAAUGAAACAGCAGCUCCUGCUACAGCUGUGUGGAUAGCAUACCAACACCUGCUUCUGUGAUUCAAAGAUAAGAAAGCACACAUACAUCUAAAUACAUUAAACAGUCCUCAAUGAUGGCACACAAAGAGACAAUAUUAAAAGUUUAAAAGUGGACACAGAGUUAGACAGUAACACACAAAGCUCCCUAUUAAAACAUAACUCUUUAAAACACUUUAAACUGGGUGUUGCAAAUGUUAAUAUUCAUCAGGUUUAGGUCAGACUGUCCAAAUGGCGGCUAUGAAAAAAGUCUACAGGACAAAAAUUUGUAUUUUUAUGACAUAGUUUUGUGAGAGAACGAGUCCACAGCCAGAUGCACAAGCCGAAAUCGACAGCUGUAGUCCUUGACUGUCCUGCAGAGUGCAGAUAAAGAACACACACCCACACGAGUCUGUCCUUGAGACACGCAUCGCAGAUAAGUGCAGCAGCAAAACCAACUGUCCAAAAUUACACCCAAAGUUAUACAAUCCCGGCUGCGGCGAUGGGCGUGUGUGUGUCUCUGCCAGAACCAGUGAUGGCCGACCAGCUGCCUCCACAGCAAGGCGACCCGCUGCUGACUAAGUUCCACCAAGGGAGCCUCCCCAACGGGAAAGACACCACCAAAGACAGCCUGCACGCCAGGGGACAGUGGGCGAGCAAGGCUGAGUUCCUCCUGGCCGUGGCGGGGCAGAUCAUCGGCCUGGGCAACGUGUGGCGGUUCCCGUACCUCUGCUACAAGAACGGAGGAGGUGUGUUCUUUGUACCCUACCUGUUGUUCCUGGUGCUGUGCGGCAUCCCCCUGUUCCUCCUGGAGACCUCCUUGGGGCAGUACACCAGCCUGGGAGGCGUCAGCGCCUGGAGGACCAUCUGCCCAUUAUUCGGAGGUCUGGGCUACGCCAGCCAGGUAAUGAUCCUGCACGGCUGCGUGUACUACAUUGUCAUCCUGGCCUGGGCGCUCUUCUACCUGUCCUACAGCUUUGAGGCGGAGCUGCCGUGGUCUCACUGUAACAACACGUGGAACACUGCGGCGUGUUUCCUGUUUGACCACCACAACCAAACAGCCAAUGAGACCAGCCUGCCUGAGAACGCCACCUCCCCUGUCAUGGAGUUCUGGGAGCGGGAGGUGCUCCGUCUCUCCAGCACUUUAGACGAGCUGGGUCCAAUCAGCUGGAAGCUGGCUCUGUGUCUGGCCAUCAUCUGGCUCGUCUGUUACUUCUGUGUGUGGAAGGGAGUCAAGUCGACCGGAAAGGUGGUGUACCUGACGGCCACCUUCCCAUAUGUCAUGCUGUUUGUGCUGCUGGUGCGCGGUGCCACCCUGCCGGGAGCGACCCAGGGCAUCAUCUACUACCUCAAACCUAACCACACCCGCCUGGCGGACCCACAGGUAUGGAUGGAUGCAGGUACCCAGAUAUUUUUCUCAUACGGAAUCUGUUUGGGAAGUCUCACAGCCCUCGGCAGUUACAACAAAUACAACAACGACUGCUAUAAGGACUCCUUCCUACUGUGCCUCCUGAACAGCGCCACCAGUUUCCUGGCAGGUUUCGCCAUCUUCUCCGUGCUGGGCUUCAUGGCUGAGGAGCAGGGCGUGGACAUAGCUAGCGUGGCCCAGUCAGGGCCUGGUCUCGCCUUCAUCGCCUACCCGAGAGCUGUCGCUAUGAUGCCUGUACCCCAGCUGUGGGCCGUCUGCUUCUUCCUCAUGAUCAUCAUGCUGGGGCUGGACACACAGUUUGUGAGUCUGGAGGCCCUGAUGACGUCAGUGACUGACCUGUAUCCUCACCUGAUCCGGCGAGGCCAGCGCAGAGAGCUGCUGCUGCUCUUCGUCUGCGUCGUCUGCUUCCUGGUCGGACUGGUCAUGGUCACGCCUGGCGGUCUCUACGUGUUCCAGAUCUACGACCACUUCUCCUGCAGUGGCGCCAGCCUGCUGCUUCUCUCCAUCUUCCAGUCUCUGGCCAUCGGCUGGGUCUACGGAGCCGAGCGCUUCAGUGCCAACAUCAAGGAUAUGACCGGCUACAACCCCCUGCCUUUCUUCAAGCUGUGCUGGAAAUACCUGACCCCAGCCGUGUGCACUGCUACCUUCCUGUUUUCUCUGGUGAGCUGGUCUCCUCUGAACCUGGGGAAAGGCUUGGUCGCUCCAGCCUGGGCCACCACGCUCGGCUGGCUCCUUACUCUCUCCUCCAUCUCCUUACUUCCCAUCUGGGCCAUCUACGCCCUGGCCACCACCCCGGGGACCCUGUCACAGCGCUUCCAGCGUCUGUGCACCCCCAUCAGUAACUCACUGCCCCCGCCCUACUUCCCCACCAACAGCCCAGCGCUCCCCUACAGCCCCGCACUGCCACUGACAGAGAAGCAGAAGGAGCCGAUCACAGACACCAUCAAGGAUCCCAAGACCUGAAGACGGUCAAUGGACAUGUAACAUUGGAUGCUGGUCAGCCAAUCGGGUGUGGCGAAGGGGAGGGUCGAGGUUAGGGACAACACAGCUGGAUAUUUGUAGACUCAGUAUGUUUUAAUGGACUGCAGCGGACUGUUUCGGUUCAAAAGAUCCUUCAAAUGUGUCUUGUUUAGUUGCCUUUAGUAUCCCACAAUCCAUUGCACACAGUGCAGUUGUUUGAUGAAGCAUUCAGGCUAUCCCAUGAUCACCAGGUUUAGAUAUUUUUAGUCUGAUAGCAAUCUUAAACUACACCGAUGAAAAGCCACCACAGGAUUAUUUGGACAAAACUGGAAGCUACUGCGUUUAUAAACCAUUUAAAUGGAACAUUGUUCUUAAGUUAACCAUCAAACUCAAAGGCAAACUGUAUGCCUUUAAUGUAAACUCAGAUAUCCGACACAGAUCGCCACCUGAAUGCACCGUCCUUUGGGUGGAGGUGUAAGUGCAACCUCAAGAGCUUAAAGUAUGAGGGCACAGCUUGGUUGACCCUGUACCCAUCCCUCGUCACCGGCUACCAGAGCUGAUAAUUCUAAAACAGCACACACUCCUCUGUCUUUUGGACCAUUUAAUCGCAGCCCCUGGAGCCGAUAACAACACUAAUGUACUGAGGAAGUUAGCCCGACCACUUUACUCUCUAUGAGAGGUCACUGCAUGCUUGGCUUUGACUCUCCGCACAAUGUGUUGUUCUGUUCGGGUGCCGGUACCUUCCAAUGACUCUAUGAGUCAGACGCGUUUAUACGGUGAUUUGUCUGGACUUUUUUUUGUAGCUGCUUCACCCGUCUGUGAUCACUGCGUUGUUAUGGAUUCCACUGCUUGUCUUGGCAACUCCCGCCCCUGCUGUGAUUGGCUAGAGUGCAACAUAGUAAACAAACAUUCGCAGAGCAGGGGCAUGAAAUCCCUAGAAAAAAUGACAGAGUCCACAACUCCACUUCCAGGGGUGUGUGGACACUGGAGGGAAGCCGACCAGAGGGCCCUCGGCCGUGGGAACAAAGCCUGCCGACCUCCUGCCCUCCCUCUGGCUCUCUGCAGGGCACAGCUCGGGUCAGUGGAGCACGCUGGAGGCUUUACCGUGAUUGGAGAGGCGGUAUUAGCACACGAGGGUAGAGCCAGAACCAGAGGAAGGACGGUAGCUCUGCAAGCUCCCUCUGUCAGCUGUCCUCUAGCGUCCACACACCUCUGGAUGUGGAGCCUCAAACAUACCGCCUCUCCAGCCCUUCCACAACCAUGCAUGGCUGACUAAUCCUCGCCCUUGAAUGCAGCACAGGGCGGGUCUCGCCAAGAGAAGCAGUGCGAUCCAUAACCACAUCAUGGAGUUUGACUGGUCAUAACUUGCCUUACACUCAGACCAGGUGGCACUGAUGCAACAGGUGCACUAGAAAAACUCAACUCUUUGCUGCCAAUAUGUCGAGUGCUCAACUUGACGUCAUGUUUACACCUCAUCAUUGACAAAAUGAUUGAAAUGUGCAGUAACUGCUUCUCUCCAUCGUCCAUCCAAGAAUGCAAGCAGGAUUGUGUUUGUACUGUUUUUUAGUCACUGUCUCGAAUGCACUCGAAAUGCAGUCUCUGCUCAAUAAAAGGCGUUACUAGAACGUCUUUGCACUGUACCAAAAAUAACUAACAUUUAUCAAGCUGGGAAACAUGCAAUCAUAGUAUCUGAAGCAGCUUGUGUCAAUGCAAUAUUAAAAUACUGCUGCUGCUGCUGCUGCUGUUGACAGAACUGAAAUAUAUUUUUAUUCAAAGCCCAAAGUGUUGAAAAUGUUAAAGUAGGUUUUAGUAAGAAAACAAUGCUGCCACUCCAGAGUGACUCGUUCUGAUGAGGUCACGACAGUGUCUUCGUCUGUGACGUGCAGUGGAACUUUGAAGUGGCACACAAAGAAACAUCGAAGCAGUGUAGAUAUGUUUAUAUUUUUUUGAGGAAAAGUGCAGUAUGUGACGAAUCAAGCCGGUUUUGCAGAAAUAUGUUCUCAUGUUUGUUUGUUUAUCCUUCACCAGGGCUGCAACUAACUAAUAUUUUCAUAAUCGACCAUUGUGCUGAUUAUCUUUACGAUUAACCGAUUCAUUGUUUAGCCCAAAGUGACGUCUACAUAUUGCUUCUUUUGUCCAAACAGUCUAGAACCCAAAGACUUUUCAUUCACUACCAUAAAUGACAAGAAAAGCAGGCAGUUCUCACACACACAUUUUUGCUUUAAGGUCCAGUGUGUACGAUUAAGGGGAAUUAGUGGCAUCUAGUGGUGAGGUUGCAGAUUGCAACCAGCUGAAACUUCUCCCACUUAUAAUUUCUUGCAGUGUUCAUUCUUUAGGAGGUUUUCACGGGGCGCUGAAGUAUCCGCAGAGGUCUCUUCCUCUCCUCCUUCCUUCGUCCUCCAUGCCAAAGUUGUGAUCGAUAAAAACAUUCUUGAUGGGAGAAACUUGGGAAAUUGGUGACACAGAUGGUAGAAAUCGUCAAAUAUUUUUGGGCUUUUGUCCAUAUGUACGUUUUUGGUAUGCAUCCUAUGUAUUGUCAUAUAAAUGAGACCCUAGGUGAUUUAAACCGGUAAAAAAUACUGAUAAAAGCCACUCCAGGUUACAAAUCAGUGCUGUUUGACAUGUCGGAGACCAGCCGUUAGCCUAGCACCGACUAAUGUAUGCCCACCUUUAUUCUCUGCUAACUUAAGAUGCAGAUGUUCAGGAGGUUUUUACCGGUAGCCGAAUUAUCCUCAGAGGUCUCAUCCUCUCCAAAACAAACCGAUUCAGUCAUUUCAACCGGUAAAAACACUCAGUAAAACAGUCCUACGUUAAAAAAAAUCUGCUUUUCUAACACUGCUUGUUUGAUUCGUCCCUUCUGGGCUACUGUAGGAACAUGGUGGUGCAUCAUUGCUAAUGUUGGGUUUGUGUUCUUGUCGUCUUUCCACCCGCCAAAAUCAAAGUAGUGGGAAUAAUUCCAGCUGCGAAUGUGAGCGUUUCCAUUUUCCAAACUAGCUUGCGGCUUUGUGACGUGCCUGCGCAGCGCGACAGUAACGAAAAAGUGAGUCCUUUUUGUGUUUCAAGUCCGUAGUGACUGGAAAAAGCAAUAUUUUUACAGUAGCGCGCCCAACACUGAUCAUGGCGAUCUCCGUAAACAACGACCCGCUCCCUGUGUAGGUAUAACCGACUCAUUCUAAGGUAACAAAAAUGCUGAUUCUUAUUUUCAGGUGAUUAUACACUUACUUUAUUGUAUUUCUGCCAAUAUAUCCCCCCAAUCCUUCACACUGGACCUUUUUAUAGAAGACUCAAAAUGGCUGGGCAUUAAUUUUCUUUUGAUUGACUGUUGUUUAAUCUAGUUCUUGCAGCUCUGAUGCAAAAAGACAGAAAGACAGCACUGUGUUUUAUUCAAGUUACAAAUGACAUAUAUUUCCCAUUAGUUCAUAAUUCAUCUUUCUCAUGUAUCACUGACAGUUACUUUCGACAGGCUCGUGCCGUUGUCAUCACCAUGAGGUCUCCAGUGCCUCUGGGGUUUGUGAAAUCAUUACCUUACUGUACAGGACAGAAUGUACUCCUUGCUGGGAAAACUUGUCUGAAAAGCAGCGAGACGAGCAGCGUUUCCUUCUUUGAUGAGAACUAGUUCUGUGUUUCUGUUCAGACCUGGAUCAGGUUUUUGAUUUGAACGCUCCUCCGAGACUCAUUUAAAACCCAUCUGCUUAUCGUAUGGAAGGCGUUCAGUUAUUUCAGAUUGAUCCGAGUGUGUUAUCAUCUCUGUUUACAGGUGUUUACAUGUGCCUUUUGUUUUCUGUUGUUUUUUGAAUGAAUAUAUAAACACUAUGUUUAAAA